AUCAGAGAAACUUUGACUAUGUGUAUUGUAUCCCCUAUAAAAGGGGAGAGACCCCUCAUUGUAAUGGAUCCCAAGCUUAGAACGAAUAAACUCCUACUUUGCAUUCUCUCUCUCUAAAACUUAUAUUAUUCUUUGUUCUCGGUGGUUUAUCGCCAUCAAAUUGGUGCUCUCAUUGAGAGAAGAGAAACAUACUCGUAGGUUAACUCCCGAACGCGAGAAUGGUGCAAACAAAGAGCAACGUCCCCACCACCAGCCACGUCGUUGGCGAGGAGAACGCGCCGGGCAGCGGCAAUGGUACGGGCGGCAUCGGUUCGACUCCGGACGCGGUCCAGGCGCUGUUCGGCUUGGGGGUGACCGCUGAGCAGCUCCAGGCAGCCGUUGCGGCACUUUCCGCCAUUGGUGGGAACGUGCCCGGCGCCAGAGUUGGCAAAGCUCCGCCCAAUCUCCAUGGCGAACACGCUGCCACUUCCCAACACAAGGGGAAGAAGACCCGGAGGAGUAGGAGGAGGCCCGGCAAGGCCCCGGCAAUCGAGGAGGUGAUUGUGGAGGACGUCCCGGAUGAGGAGGACGAUGAGUCCAGCGAGUGCCGAGUGUCAGCCUUCAAGCGCUUAGGAGGGGAAGAGACCCGGGUGUCGGCCUUCAACACGCUCGACCGCGGACCGGAAGUUCGCCCGGGCGACCUCCGCCGACAAAUAGCCGAAGGCAGGCGGAGGCAUGCUGAGGAGUCCGCAACAUCGGAUGCUCGCUCGGCGAGGUCUGAGCGGAGCGGAGAGAGGCGGGAGGAACGCACCCAGCGUCGCCAUAGCCCGACGAGAACAGAGAAGACAAAGGUCUCUGACCAAGGAGUGUCUCGGCUCGCACGUGAGGUUGCCAAGCUUAAGCGCCGAGUGGAGACCAGGGCUCCCUACAGCCAGCCCAUCUUGCGGACGGUAACCCCGUUCACUCCGAGGGUUAUGUCGGUCCCGCUGCCGGCAAACUUCCAGCCGUGGCAGAUCAAGGCCUACAACGGAACGACGGACCCCCAAGAUCAUUUGUCUAAGUUCUAUGCUUCUAUGGAAGCGGCGGCUGCCCCGGACGAGGUCAAGUGUCGAUGCUUUCUCGCGACGCUGGAGGGCUCCGCGUGCGAUUGGUUCAACCGGCUCCUGAAGGGAACUAUUGACGAUUGGGAUACACUGGCGGAGAGGUUCUUGACGCAUUUCGCGGCAAACCGAAGGCAGAGGCUCCCUUACUCCCACCUGCUCAACAUAUGCAUCCGCAAGGGAGAGAAGGUCCGCGACUUCGUAGUCCGGUGGGAAAAGGAAGCCAGAGACGUGCAUGGGGCGGAUGACCAAGCGUUGGUGGCCAUGUUCCAAGCAGCCCUUCCCCGCGGAGAAGUGAGGAAGGAGCUCCGCAAGAAUCCUCCCCCCACGUACCAAGAGACCUUGGCGCGCGCUAAGUUCCUAGCCUCGGAGGAGUUCGAUGAUGUUCCCGACUCUGAGGCCGCGCCCGCCAAGCGAGCUCCNGGCGACCACCCAUGCGGAAGACUUAGAAGGAGUCUUCAAGAUUAUGGAAAAGUACAACCUCCGGUUGAAUCCGAAGAAGUGCACGUUCGGAGUCCAAGGCGGCAAAUUCUUGGGACAUAUGGUGAGCAGGCGCGCCGUUUCCUCUCCAAGGUAGCGGAUCGAGCCGCCCCAUUCUUCCAAGCUGUGAAGAAGUCCCGAGGGUUUGUAUGGACGGAAGAGUGCCAACAAUCCUUUGAGUCUCUGAAAUCCUACCUCCUCUCUCCACCGGUCCUUGCCAAGCCCGAGCCCGGUGAGACUUUGUAUCUUUACCUGGGAGUGUCGCCCGAGGCACUAAGCUCGGUCCUAGUCCGAGAAGGUGGCGGAGCUCAACACCUGGUAUACUACACGGCUAAGACGUUGAGGGGUGCCGAGCUCAGGUACUCCGUGGCCGAAAAGACGGUCCUAGCGGUAGUAUCAACCGUGCAGCGAUUGACGCCUUACUUCCAAGCUCACCCGGUUCAGGUGCUCUCCCAGCAGCCCAUAGGCGCGCUACUCCGGAGCCCGAACGCGCCCUCUCGCAUGUCUAAGUGGGCAGUAUUCCUGGGAGCCUUCCAGAUCGAGUUCAAGCCAAGGCCGGCGAUCAAGGGGCAAGCGCUGGCCGACUUCGUGGUGGAAUGCACCGCUCGGGAAGAGCCGAGCCCGGAACUUGAAACCGAUGACUGGUGGACAGUUUUUACCGACGGCUCCUCCGCCGCCAAAAACUCGGGGGGCGGAGUGGUGGUCAUCGCACCCGAAGGUUUCAGAGCGUACUAUUCAAUUCGUUUUGGCUUCAAAGCAUCGAAUAAUGAGGCGGAAUACGAAGCGCUCUUGUGCGGGCUACGCCUAGAAGCCGGGAUGAAUGCGAUGAAACUAAGAAUAAAGUGCGAUUCGAAGUUGGUGGUUGGCCAUGUCUCGGGGGAGUUCGAGGCGAAGGACGACAGAAUGAAGAAAUACAGAGAUACGGCUUUGGAACUCCUUAAGAGCUUCACCGCAUAUAGCGUCGAGCAGAUCCCCCGAGCGGAGAACGCGGAGGCGGAUAUCUUGUCAAAACUAAGCUCGGACACGCCCGAGCACAUCAGGCGGAUGGCGAAUGUGGAGGAGCUGUCCGAGCCGAGCAUCCAUGCCUUCCCCGUGGCAAUGAUCUUUGCUUGGCCCAAAGAUUGGACGGACGAUAUAGUUGCCUUUCUAAAGGAUGGCACCCUCCCGGACGACGCGGUGAAGGCCAAGCUGGUCCGAACGAGGGCACCGGGAUACACGUUGGAAGGCGAGAAGCUAUACAAGCGAGCGUACAACGGGACGCUACUCAGGUGCCUUAGACCAACUGAAGCAAAGCAGGUUAUGGAGGAAGUGCACGCCGGGAUUUGCUCCGCCCACCAGGGGGCUUACACGGUGUCAAGGAAGAUAACCCUCCAAGGAUAUUUUUGGCCGACGAUAGUCAAGGAUUGCGCAGAGUUUGUGAAUAAGUGUAAAGUCUGCCAAGAAUUCCAGAAAGUGCCGGGGAGGCCUUCAACCAACUACACCCCCAUCAGCACGGCCAUCCCGUUUGCGCGUUGGGGGGUGGAUCUCGUGGGUGCACUCCCUAGGGGAACCGGGAGUGUGAGGUACGUCAUCGUAGCCAUCGAUUACUUCACUAAGUGGGUGGAAGCAGCUCCACUGGCGAGCAUCACCGGAGCCCAAUGCCAAAAGUUUCUCGCAAAACAAGUCAUCUGUCGGUUCGGGGUCCCCGAGCGCAUAAUCACAGACAAUGGCACACAAUUCGAGUCCAGGCCCUUCAAUGCCUUCCUCGAUAGUUGGGGGAUCAAGCAUAGCUAUGCUUCGGUCGGGUACCCCCAGACGAACGGUCAGGUGGAGAACGCCAACCGAACGAUAAUUGAUGGUCUGAAACGGAAGCUGGAAGCCUGCGGAGAGGAGUGGGCUGAAGAAUUGCCCUACAUCCUAUGGAUUUACCGGACCACGCCGAGGAGGGCGACCGGGGAAACCCCCUUCGCCCUGUGCUACGGAUUUGAGGCAAGGGCCCCCGCUGAAACUUCUAUUGCAACACAUAGGGAGGAGAUCCUCGACCCCGAGCGUAACGAAGAAACCUUGGCAGCCGAGCUCCACCUCGUGCACGAGAGGCGAGAAGCGGCCUUCAUACGGGCGGAAAAUUACCGAAGGAGGGUGAAGAGCUACCAUGAUGGACGUGUGCGCGCACGGGGACUCACUGAAGGAGAUUGGGUCUUGCGCAAAAGGGCGGUGAGCCGCCCCCUGGAAGGAGGGAAAUUCGCCAAAAAUUACGAAGGCCCAUACAUCAUUAAAGAAGCGGUGGGUCCGUCGACAUUCCGCCUGCAGACGCCGAGCGGAGGAGAUGUGCCCAGGACGUGGAAUGCCGAGAACCUAAUCAAGUUUUAUCAGUAGAUUUCCGAUGUACACGGACCCCAAAGCAGGGAACCCGUAGAUCCUUUUGGAGGAACAAUGGAAUGAAGUUUUAUUCUUUGC